AUGGAACUGAAAUCAGUCACCAUCAUUGCAGAUUUGUGUUUCCUGAUGGUCGGCCAUACCUCUACUGUGGAAGCCUUCACAGGCAAGAUUCUGUCCCUCCUCUCACCAGAUCCUCUUUGCUGCUUAUGUCACCAAAGAAACUUUUCCCCAUGGUCCGACUACAGCCACCUGUCCUCCACCAGCAGUGAGCUCUCUGUGGAAGAGGCACAGGACCCAUUCCUGAUUAGCAUCCACAUAAUCGCUGAUCCGGGGGAGUCCCAGCCCCUGCAGGAGGCCAUCGACAAAUUGUUGGCCUGGAUCCACCCGGACCUGCCCCUGUUCCGGGUGUCGGAGCGGCGCGCAUGCCGGCGGCGGCGGAAGCCCCCCAAGGGCUCGCAGCCUGCGCUGGCGGUGGUGCUGUUCCUGCAGGAGGAGUACGGCGAGGAGCAGAUCCUGCAGCUGCACCGCACGCUGCAGCGGCCGCCCUGGCGCCACCACCACACCGAGCGCGUGCACGGCCGCUUCCUGCCCUACCUGCCCUGCAGCCAGGACUUCUUCACGCUGGCGCCCGGGACGCCGCUGUGGGCCAUCCGGCCCGUGCACUACGGCAAGGAAAUCGUGCGCUUCACCAUCUACUGUCGCCACGACAACUAUGCCCACAGCCUCAGGUUCUACGAGCUGAUCCUCCGGCGGAGCCCCAGCCAGAGGAAAACGGACUUCUGCAUCUUCCCCAUCUUCUCCAAUCUGGAUGUGGACAUCCAGUUCUCCCUGAAAAGACUGCCCUGUGACCAGAGCCCGGUCCCCACCGACUCCUCCGUGCUGGAGUUCCGAGUAAAGGACAUCGGCGAGCUUGUGCCUCUCCUGCCCAACCCCUGCAGCCCUAUCAGUGAGGGGCGCUGGCAGACGGAGGACCAUGACGGGAACAAGAUCCUCCUGCAGGCACAGAGGGUGCACAAGAAGUUUCCUAAGCCCGGCAGAGCACACCGCUUCUCUGAGAAGAAGCCUCAUUCCGUCCCUUCACCAAGCACCUCUGCACCGAGCUGUACACCUGACAGCAGCCAGCAGUCCCCGCUCAACAGUCCACAUCCACAGCCUGGCCGGACAGGCCUGGCUGCUGGACACCAGCAGGAAUUUGCCAGACAAGCCAGCAGCACCCUCAGCAUCCCCUGGUCUUUCCAGAGAAGCAAGUCCUUGUUUUGUUUGCCCACAGGAGGCCCCUCCUCGCCCUCCUCUGCUGAACCACAGUGGUUUUCAAACACAGGGUACCCAGGGCACAGGGCAUCGGAGGGGAGGCACGGCCACCUCCUCUCCAUUGACGACUUGGAGGGGGCCCAGGAGACGGAUGUGGACACGGGCCUGCGGCUCUCCUCCUCGGACCUGUCUGUGGUCUCUGCAUACUCUGCACCCAGUAGGUUCUGCAACACAGUGGAGAAUUCCCUCUCCUCCAAAAGAUGCAACAGCCACUGGCCAACAUGCAAGGGUUCCAGAGAAGGAUCGCUGCCUGCUUUCAGCGGGGCGACCACCAAAGCCUCCUGGGAUCCAGUUCCUUCCUUCAGCAAGGGGUCUUCCAGCUCCUCAGUGACAGCUGUUGCUGCUCACCCAACUUCGCUCACAGAGUCAUCCCCACAGCUCCCUUGUGAGGCUCCCAAAGUCAAGCACACUGGCAGCAACGUGCCACCCCCCCCAGCGCAGGCUGGUCCCGGGGAUAGUGACAUGGAGGAAUUCUACAUCUGAACACCCUCUGCUCUUGUUUUCCAGACACACAGACUCAGGGCCCGCUGCCCACUGCCCCUCUGAUCUCCAAGCACACCAGUGUUCCCAGCCCCGUUCCCCAGGUCUGGCUGGAAUUUCAUUAUCCAUUUCACGGGGGUCACCAGCACAUUUGCCUGCUGCCCUUAGCUGAGAGGUGGUAUAUUUCUAGGGACUCAGUGGAAAAACACUGGCAUUUUUAUGCAAAUAAAUUCUCAGCAAUCUUAUGUCUUAAAAUACAAUUUUUGAAUACUCAACAUUUAAGAUAUGGUUUGGUGCACUUACACAAUUUAAAUGCUCAUAUAAUUAUUUGAAAUGAGGAGCAGAUUUGGCAAUUUCUCAUGCUGUAAAGGAAAAACAAAGCCAAGAGCUGAGCAUAGGAGAGGUACUAAGUGACUUGUAUGUGAGAUGAGUGCACAGUACCAUGACGUACACCUCACUGAAUUCAUCUGUAUUCACAUUACCAGGAAACAGUGGCCCUAAGAAACUUUAAGUCCUGCUUGUAGUGGGAAGAGUCAGCUUGAUGAGAUAGCUGUAAACAUACAUCAGACUACAGAAUAGCUCACUUUGAAGCCAUGCACCAUCUUAAAAAUCUGGAAAUAUACUAAAGUGACUAAUAUGCUUUAUAAGGAUUUAGCAUGAGUCACAGACUCUUGGUGCAUUUAAAAUAUAAUUGGAGUUCCAAAAUCGAGAUUUGCGUAUACCUUUUCUACAACAUAUUUACUGUAAUGAAUGAGGGGCUGCAGAAGACCACACCCCUACCUGAAUUUAUUUGGAUCACUUAGGAAGAAUCCUUCGUUGGAGUUACAGAAUCAUAGGCUUGUUAGACAUGAUGGGUAGGAAAUCUUAAGAAUCUUCCACCUUAAAAACCGCAAUCUAAGGGCUGUGUGUAUACCUAUAUUUGUACCUAAACAACGAACCACAUUUUAUACUGCUUUCUGCAGUGAACAUGCAUGGUUACAUGUCCCAUGUUUUUAAUUUUUAAGUAAUUUGGAACAUUUUAACUGGCAUUUUGAUUGCACAGGUUAAUAAAUGCCUUCCUCCCCCAAAUGGGAAACUUUACCCAAAAUGCCUCCUAAACAAACACUGGUGCUCUGCCAGCCUACACAGCAGCAUGGGGGCUUUCAUUACAGCUGGAGCUUUAGCCACACCUUGACUUUUCCUGCCUGUUGUUUGCUUCUGUCGCAGCAUAAAUGGUAUCAAAAUCUCACCUCCCUCUCCCCCCAGUAAGGGUAUGUUUACAACUUCAACCUCAGCAAUGCCAAGUGCUGGCAGUGGGAGCAAUGCCAAGCUGUCCCUGGGUGCUGUUCAUCUUUGGGGACGAAGGGCAUAGGUUUGCCUUGUUUGUUUCCCAGCCUGGUGCUCCUUGUCUAAGUUACUCACAGCGUAGUUUUCACCUCUCUGGAAGAGACACCAGCCGAGACAUAGCUCAAAAUCCUUCCCAGCAUGGCCCUCCAGGCAGCAGUUACCCAUCAUCAGACUUGAGCUGAAGCUUCAAGUCUUUGCCAUCCUUAUAAUGAGAGCCUUAGAUCCUGCCCCAAACAUCCUGGACUUCCCAGGACUUGCAGUUGUAAUACUCUGCUCCAAUUUAAAUGAAUAAAAAUAUGUGCUCUUGUAAUUCUGGA